AUGUCUCUGCGCCCGGGCACACGCACCGAGGUGCGCAAGAAAUCGUACAAGACUGGAGUGGAUGCGGACCAGGCUCGGAGGAGAAGGGAGGACAACUUGGUGGAGAUCAGGAAGAACAAACGCGAGGACAAUUUGCUCAAGAAGAGAAGGGAAGGCUUGUCUCCGUCCCAGCAGCAACUGCUUGAUGGCACCCAAACCGCCGUCGUUUUCGAGAAGAGGUUGGAAAGUAUUCCCUCAAUGGUGCAAGGAGUAUGGUCUGAUGAUCCUGCUUUGCAAUUGGAGGCUACCACUCAGUUUAGGAAGCUAUUAUCAAUUGAACGCAGCCCUCCAAUUGACGAGGUUAUAAAAGCAGGUGCGGUCCCUCGGUUUGUGGAGUUUCUUGGGAGACAUGAUAUGCCCCAAUUGCAGUUUGAAGCUGCAUGGGCUUUGACCAAUGUUGCAUCUGGAACAUCAGAUCAUACACGAGUUGUUAUUGAACAUGGUGCGGUCCCCCAUGCAGUGUGGGCUCUAGGAAAUGUUGCUGGCGACUCUCCUAGUUGCAGGGAUCUUGUUCUUGGACAAGGUGCACUAAUGCCAUUGCUAGCUCAAUUAAAUGAACAUUCCAAGUUAUCCAUGCUAAGGAAUGCUACAUGGACUUUAUCAAACUUUUGUCGUGGCAAGCCAGCAACACCAUUUGAUCAGGUGAAGCCUGCCUUACCAAUUCUUCGACAACUUAUUUACUUAAAUGAUGAAGAAGUCUUGACAGACGCUUGCUGGGCCCUAUCAUAUCUCUCAGAUGGUCCAAAUGACAAAAUCCAGGCUGUGAUUGAAGCGGGCGUCUGCCAGCGACUUAUGGAGCUUCUGAUUCAUCCAUCACCUACGGUUCUUAUACCUGCUCUUCGGACAGUGGGAAACAUUGUUACUGGUGAUGAUUCCCAGACUCAGUUUGUUAUUGAUAACCAAGUGCUCCCUCGCCUCCAUCAACUUCUCACACAAAAUCACAAAAAGAGCAUCAAGAAAGAAGCUUGUUGGACAAUUUCAAAUAUCACAGCCGGGAAUAAAAUUCAAAUACAGGCUGUGAUUGAAGCCGAUAUAAUGCUCCCGCUUGUGCAACUUCUCCAACAUGCGGAAUUUGACAUAAAAAAGGAGGCCGCGUGGGCCAUCUCAAAUGCCACUUCUGGAGGAUCUCAUGACCAGAUUCAACACCUGGCUUCCAGAGGUUGUAUUAAACCACUCUGUGAUCUUCUAAUCUGCCCAGAUCCAAGGAUUAUAACUGUGUGCCUUGAAGGUCUUGAGAACAUUCUGAAGGUGGGUGAGGCAGACAAGGAAAUGGGAAUGAAUGACGGGAUCAAUCUUUAUGCACAACUGGUCGAUGAAUGUGAAGGUUUGGAUAAGAUUGAGAAUCUGCAGACACAUGAUAACAAUGAGAUUUAUGAGAAGGCUGUGAAGAUCUUGGAGAGAUAUUGGGCGGAGGAAGAAGAAGGACAGAACAUUCAGGUGAAUGGGGAUGGAAAUCAGCAUGAUUUUACUUUUGGAGCAAACCAGCCCAACCCUCCCCCUGGUGGCUUCAAAUUUUGA